UGAUAACGCCACUUAUUUGCUGGUGUGUGUGUGUGUGUGUGUGUGUUGGUGUCAUUGCAUUUUUAACUGUCAAAAUACUGCAGCGUACAGUGUGGUGUCGUCCCCUCCAGAAUGUCUGCUUCUGUCUUUGUGGUCGUGUUCGGUCUGGGCUUCUGCACCAACUACACCCAGGCGUUCCUGGGGGUUCCACGACUGUACGGCCCUUCAGAGGCCUUAAGUAACACAAUCGAAAACUUUAGAUGUGAAGUUCCCCAUCCUCCAAAGAACGAAUCUGUUCUGCUGACGUUAUUGAAGAGAGGAAAUGAUACCAUUUGGUUGACUGAAUCCACAUCACUGGCUGGAGAGCCUGGAAUCUUCAUCCUGAUCAUCAAACCAUCACAUGAAGGAAACCUGCAGUGUGAAGCCAGAGUUCAGAACCGCUCCAACAUAAACCCGACAUUCAGCAAAUCACACUACCUAAAAGUUAUUGUGCCAGUUAAAGGUGCAGUUAUUGAAGUCUUGUCACAUCAAAAAGAGUUCAUGGAGGAUCAGCCACUGGUGCUCCUUUGUAAAGUUGAAGCUGGGAAUAAUGUGUCCUACAAAUGGCUGCUGAACAACCAGCUCAUCCUCCAGAAAAAUGAGACGUAUUCCUCUCAACUUCUCGUGAUACGCAGAACCACUGUGGCUGACAGCGGCCGCUACAAGUGUGAGGCUACCAACAGGUUCAAUGACAGCGAAGCCUACACGUUCACAAGCAGAAGCCCUCCAGUUCUAAUCACAGUCAAAGGUGCAGUGUCGCCCCCUAAAAUCUCCUACACCGUGGUAAAGGAGGAUUCCAACAACUACACUGCUGUGGUCAUAUGUCAGUCCACCACUGGGACACCACCAAUCACCUUUUCACUUUACAAACAAACAGAGUUCUUGACCAGCCUGAAAACUUACCACAGAGGUGUUGCAUUCAAAGUCCCAGUGCUUACGGAUCAAUUCUUGGGAAUUUUUCAUUGCCAGGCAGACAAUGGAGUCAAUGUCACGCAUAGUCAGCAGAUUUCCAUACAUUUUGUCCCAGUUGGCGGGCAUGUGUCUCUGCACUAUGACUACGAUGUGGGAGAAAACUUUGCUAUCGUUGGCCUGAGGUUAUACUGCAAGGUGGCAAGAGGAUCUCAUCCACGCUACCAGUGGUUUCACAACAACACCCUCCUGAAAGAUCGAGGAAGCUUCUACUACAUUUUUAACCAGGCGCCAGAACAAUCCAUACUUGUGAUGUCUGUGGGGAAGAGUAGCGCUGGAACAUAUCACUGUUUAGUAUCUGACAGCUUUGACAAUACCACCGCUAUAAGCAGCAAAAAGAAAUAUCUGGAUAAAGAAGGUACACUUUAUUCCUGACUUCUUAUAUUACCUUCUGGAAACUUCCUAAUUCCUUUCUUUUUCUUCCUUCAUCUCCACCCGUCUCCCUGUCUUGGUCGUGGCAGCUGUCUUUCUAUGCUUCGCCUUGAUAAUUCUCCUGAUCUUAAUUUGUUGUGGAGUGGUAUACUGGCAAAGAAAACGAGAAGAAAAACCUUUGUUGCUCGUGGGGAUAAAGAAAACCCAGGCUGCCUAUGGAGAAGAACUGAAUUCAUGUGAGUACAAUGACAUUGACCUGGGGUCAGUGGCGGCCGAUGGCUGUGACUUUGAUCAGACCUCUGAAGACUCAGCAGAUGAAUGGCAGCAAACGAAAACAACGGAGGAUGAAGCUAUUGAGGCCUUAUAAGAGAGCAGCUGUCGACACAAAUGUCUUCGUAUACUAAUGCGGAUCAGACUGUUGAUCUGCCUCAGUUAUUAUUCUUUGGAUUUGAAAAUCUUUUGAAAUUGUGGUUUUCCAUGUUCAAUGGUAUUCUAGGCGUCUUGCUUCAUUUAUCAUGCAACACUAGUGUCCUGAUGGUACUACAUGAUAGAUGAAGUACCUGUAUUUACCUGCUUCCAGGAAGCUGCACCAUGUUGUCUAUCUUAAUGUCACAGGUGUGUGUGGCAUGCUUGUUGUUUAGAUAAAAUUAAGACCAUGUUUUAAAUAGAAUAGAAAAAUGGAAAAUAUUCAUACAGCAAAAAGCUAACAUUCAGACUAACAGAUAAAGAUAGGUACUGAGGGCAGAUAGGAAGACCCAGGCUCCAAACCCACCCUGGCAGGCUGUGAUGACAUCCACAGGAAUGGCUUGAUGGUUUAUAUCCAGAGUGCACAUUUUGUUGUCUAUAUGUUUAUGUACAUUGACAAUAAAGAUGCUUGUUUUUCCUCAAUAACA